UACAGCGUCUGUGUAAGGGGUGGUGACUAUAUUGCUCAUCUCAGUGUUUUCGGUCUCAAAGAAGGAAUACAAAACAUACGGGCGAUAUUGGGACAUUCAACACAAAGGAGGCAUUGUAUCUCGCCAAAAUGAUGGAGAUUGAAUUGCCUAAAUUAACCCCAAGUCAACAGACAAUCUCAACUUCCUCUCUCCCUCUUCGUCUGCCUUCGUCUGCACCACCAGGACAUGGACAUGAUCGACAUCCUCUGGAAGCAGGACAUCGACCUGGGCGCGGGCCGCGAGGUCUUCGACUUCAGCUACCGCCAGAAGGAGCACGAGUUGCAGAAGCAGCGCGAGCUGGAGGAGGAGAAGCGGCAGCAGCGGGCCCUGGAGCAGGAGAAGGCCCUGCUGGCACAGCUGCAGCUGGACGAGGAGACAGGCGAGUUCGUGCCACGCCCCUGCCCUGCCUCCACCGCCGCCGCCGCCGUGCCCAGCGGACAACAGCCACAGCUCCAGCCCCACCCCCAGGCCUCACCUGCAGACACACCCACCGCCGCCGUGGAGAAUGUCGACUUCACCGAGGAUGGAGCCGCCAUGUCCUUUGACGAGUGCAUGGAGCUGCUUGCACAGACAUUCCCAGUAGUGGAAGCCAGUGAGACCGCUUCCACUUGCCUGGGUUCAUCCGAACCACCCACCAGCAGUGGUCAGCUCCUCAUGCCCCCAGAGCAGCCCCCCCUCCUCCCAGAGCCAAUGCUCCCCGCCCCACAGAAGGCCUCGUGGACCGACCUGGACCAGGCCUGGAUGGAGUUACUGUCCAUUCCUGAAUUACAGCAUGCCCUGAAUAUACAGAUGCAGGAAGUAACUGACUACCUGAGCACAACCCCACAAGCUCCACAAGCACAAGACCCCGGCUACAUGCCUUUCAUGCCUCCCCUCACAGACCCCGUUGUGUCUCAGCCGCCAGACGUUUGCGCCAAUGAGUUCAUUGGCAACUUUGAGGUCAGCUUCCCCGGGGCUACUGGCCCGGCCAAUCUUCUGAGUCAGAUGUCACUCAAGGCCUCCGACACGGUGGUCACAACAGCUGUCGGUGGCAUUGGCAACACAGGCGAGUACUGUGACAUGUUUUACCCAGACCUGCUCGGCGGCACAGCCAAAGUCAACCAGCCGACUCCUCAGGAGCCCUGCAACACGGUAGUGAGCGGAAUCUGCCAGGCCGCAGAAACCCCAAACAGCUCGCCCCUCAAGCCUUUAGAAAUGCAAGAGCUGUCGGCCGGCGAUCCCUUCACAGUUGGCGUUAAGAGCGACGUGGCCAUGGAGUUCCCCGAUUCUGACUCGGGCUUGUCUCUGGACGCCAGUCCCAACAUAGGCUCCCCUGAGAAGUCUGCAUAUGGGGACGGCUCGCUCGGUUUCAGCGAUUCAGACAUGGACGAGAUGGAGAGCAAUCCAGGGAGCGAGUCGGACUAUUCAGAGAUGUUCUCCCUGUCGUUCACCAGUGGCAACUCGUCGGGAUCUGGCGCCAACAGCCCCACACGCCAGCAGCAGAGAAGAAAAGGCAAGCUACCCAAAACAGAGCCGGCCGAGGCCAGCGUUCACGGCGCGCCGCCCUUCACCAAGGACAAGGCCAAGAGGCGCUCGGAGUCGCGGCUGUCCCGCGACGAACAGCGGGCCCGGGCCCUCCAGAUCCCCUUCCCCACCGACCUGAUCAUCAACCUGCCCGUGGACGACUUCAACGAGCUCAUGUCCAAGCACCAGCUCAACGAGGCCCAGCUGGCCCUGGUCCGCGACAUCCGCCGCCGCGGCAAGAACAAGGUGGCGGCCCAGAACUGCCGCAAGCGCAAGAUGGAGAACAUCGUGGGCCUGGAGUUCGACCUGGACUCGCUGAAGGAGGAGCGGGACCGGCUGCUGCGGGAGAAGACGGAGCAGAGCGGCAGCCUGCGGCAGAUGAAGCAGCAGCUCAACACACUCUACCUGGAGGUGUUCAGCAUGCUGAGGGACGAGCAGGGCAGGCCCUACUCCCCCGCCGACUACUCGCUGCAGCAGACCUCUGACGGCACCGUCUUCCUGGUCCCCAGGGUCAAAAAGACACUUGUCAAGAGUAACGCCUAGCACUUAUUAGCGUUAUUAUUAUGACCUGUUCCUGUCUCUCCAUCCCUCCCUCCCCCACAAAAAAAAAUAUCUCUUAUUUUUUCCCCCUUUAUUCCUGCGGUACUGCAUUGCUCCAGCUAUGUACUAUGCAAAGAUAACUUUAUAGUUGAAAUUUUUGCUUAUGCGUAAAAAUACACCAAAACAGAAAAACAGCAGAACUAUUAUAUAGUUUUUGCUUAUUCUACUCUUAAUAUUUUUAAUAUCUAUUGUUAUUUUUUACUUCUUUAUAUUUCUCUCCUUAAGAUUCUUUUAUCUGUAUUGUUUGUAAAUACAUUUAUACUUUGUUUGCUAUUGGAAUAUGACUGUACUGUAUAUACCACAUUUUAGUAUGCUAAUAAUUUUGUUGCAAUCACUGGCACUUAAGUCUGUUUUAUAUCUUAAUUUACAGUUCUAUGGCUAUUUUAUCUCUUUGUGCUUUAUAAAAAAAAUAAACUAUCCAAUCAAGCUA